UAUGCAGAUUACAUAUAAGCUAAGCAUUAUGUUUGUGUCGCACACUCAAGGUUAAGACAUGGAUACUUGUAAUUUAUAAUUGAGAUUAGCCAUCUGUAUAAAAUCUAACAACCAUAAGUAUUUGAAUAAAAAAAAAAAAAAAAAAAACAGAUUUUUUUUUUUUAAAAAAAAAAGUACUACAUGCAUAGAAUUAAUAAUGAGUGUUUUAUAAACCUAUGUCCACUGGCCACUGUGGUCACAAAGUCUUCACCCCGUGAUCAAGUCCCUUGAAAAGAACAUAAUGAUAGUAAUAUGUUUCGAUCAAAAUUAAAGCUAUAUAUGAAACCACUUACAAAAUUUUAGACGAUCCUUUCUCCAUUUAUCCUUUCUACCUAUCUACAUCCAUCAUUCUCUCACUCUCAAUUAAAUUACAUAAGUCUUGCUAGUAAUUAGCCUUAGGUUUGUAACUUAUAUUCCAAUUUCAAAUACUUCACUUAAAUCACUCAAAAGCAUUUACUAGCCUUAAUUAGCUUACAAAUAAACACCAAUAAGCUGCAAAUAAAUAAAUUAUAUUGAAAAGGAUGGAGGUACCAAAUAAUAAUGAACAAAAACCUCGCACUUUGUUUAAACCUUCAAACUCCAUGCCAAUUUCAGAUGAUCAGUCUCCAUCAUGCUCCAUAGAAGAAGAAGAAGAAGAAGAAGAAGAAGCUCAAAUAAUUUCAACAAAAGCAAAAAAUGAAAACCAUCCUAUUUUUAACUUGGAUCUUAGCUUAUGCAGCAAUGAUUUUGAAGAGCAAGACGACUAUGAUCCAAAACUCGAUCUUAUCGGUGGUUUCAACAAGGAUAAAAAUCCAAUUUCAAACGUUGAGAGAUUGGUGGGAGAAGCAAGGACUUUCUCAUGCAACUAUUGCCAAAGGAAAUUCUACAGCUCCCAAGCACUUGGAGGCCAUCAAAAUGCACACAAAAGAGAGAGAACGCUAGCGAAACGCGGCCAACGGAUGAUGACUACUUCGACAACACGCGGUAAUUAUCAUCUGCCUCAACAUUUCUACAAGAGCAACAGACCACUAACAUCAUCAUACCCUAGCAAUAUUUCAGCCCUUCCUCUUUAUGGCUUAUAUUAUAAUAAACACAACAACAACAAUCAUAAUCUUAAUAGACCUCUAGGAAUACAAGCUCACUCGUUGAUACAUAAACCAUCUUAUGGAUCAAGGGUUCCUAUGAUUGAUCAGCAACCAGCGAUUAGGCGUCUUGCAAUGGCCUCAUCAUCUUCUUCAAGUCAUAACGCCGGGCCUGGCCAUGGUGUUGCACGCUUUGAUAGUGUUCAUCAUCACAAGAAUUCUCAGCCAUUGGAUAGAAAUAAUAAUAUUGGAGGAGGCCUUUGUUGGAAGGAAACUGUCAAUGUUCUUAAGACUAGUCUUAAACAAGAUCAUGAUCAUUUGCAUAAGCUUGACUUGUCUCUUAAGCUUUAAUGCAUGUUAACCCGUUCACUUUUAGUUGCAAUACUUUAAUGUAAGAGCUUUUUGGUCAUGUUCAUGUAGGUUAUUGUUUAGCCUUUGUUUGAUUGGAAUUUAUUAGCUAGGCUUGAAUUGAUAUCAUUUACCCUUUAACUCCUUGAAUUAAACCUUAUAUGACACGAAGUAGCUAGAUUGAUGAAUGUAUUUAUGUUGAAAAAAAAGUUGCGUUAUAUGCUUUAGAUUUUGAGGUCUAUAUUCUAUGCUACUUGUAAAGUCUUAAAUUAGAUCCAAGCUUGAAAUUUAAUACCAAGUAAUUGUACUUAUUUAGUUGCAUCCUUUAUUUUUAUUUUUAUUUUUAACUUUAAUUUUUAAUUUCUUUUUUAAGUUAUCAACGACGUUAAAUAUGUGAGGGUUAUUAAAAACAAAGACCCUAGAUAAUGUAUGACUCACUAGCUGGAAGCCAAUACAA